AUGCGUGGAUGUCAACCAUUGCAAUCACCGACCGCGCUGAGGGAAAAUGAGGAUGAUGUGGCGGCGCUCACUGCUCUCCAACUCUGGUUUGAGCAGCGCCCCGAGAAACGCGAAGAACUGGUAAUCCCAGGAAGCUGGCUCGACACCGCGCUUUUCGGCGAUGACACCUCGCCAUUGGGCGAAAUGCAGCGCCACGAACGUGUCGGAGGCGAAGGUGCGAGAUCGAAAUUUGUUACCCCGGUUGUUGACUUCACUCCAAUGUUUCCUGCGGUUAGCCCCUUCGUGAAGGGCGGUAUGAUCCCGACAGGGGAAGAUCUGGAGCAAUGGAACGUUGCCCGUGACGCGGCUGCUAGGACCCUAACCGGCGCCUUGAACUUCAUUCUAUCAAAAUAUGAGUCAGCACAAGGAGGUGCCGACCGAGACGGAAGGGCCGAGGCCCAUACAGGGCCGCCCCACUCUGAAGAGGAUGGAGGCGCAGAGGAAGACCACGGUGCAAGCGCAUCGGGGAUUGCCGAUCAAAGCGAGGAGGCAGACGCGCCAGCCACAGCUGACGAGGAAACCAAAGAGCCGGUGCGCACGCCGACGCAGAACCUGGAAUUAGCGAGCGCGCGCUUUUGGCAACGUUUGGGAGUGUACGGAGGCGGAUCGGUCGAGCUUCGCUCUGCGCUUCUAGAGAAGGUUUUGCAAAUCGUGGGACCCGACCUGCACGACGCACUUGCUGCCUUACAUGGCACGAGCCCUGCCAAAAUGUUAGCGGGCUUAGAGACCGCUUUGCUACGGCUGAUUCCACCGAUUUCUCUCCUUAACGUGCUUGGCGGGUUGCUGAAGCAGCGUCCAGCCUUACUGAAGCACAUUGCUGCCGACUCAGAGCUUCUCCUCAUUAUCUGCACCUACUUGACUGGAGGAGAAUCCCCUGGUUCAGGAGCCUCAACACAGCCCACGGAGGAGGCGGUGGAACACUCACAGAGCACCGCGCGCGCCACCGGCUUCGAUGAACAGGAUGGCAGCAGUGAGGCCUUACCGAUACCAGCUAUCGAUAUACCGGAGAAAGAUGAAGAGGACGAGGGAAGUGUGUCGGAAGGCGAUGCACCAGGCAAACUGACUACAAGUGGACAAACCGUUCUGAAGGCCCCGGAAGCGGCCGAGAAAACAGACAUGGCAACACCGCUAGGACCAGUCGCAGAACAUGACGGUGUCCCACCUCUUCACGAUUCCGAACACGAGGGACACGCAAUCGGGAGAAGUGAAGCCGAGCUGGAUGCCGCCGAAGCCUUGUUGAGCAUGAGUUCAGCCCAUCCAGGCAGCCAGCGAAGGUGA